CCGUUAUGGCCGUUGGCUAGCAAUACAUUUGUUAAAUUGCUCACUGUUCUCUAUAACCUCUAUAUAGCAUUGUAAUUGAUGGUUUUCUCUAAUUGCUCCAAUUACUUCCCCCGUCUCGCCCACUUAGUCGAUGGACAUCACGGCCUUGAGACCAGAUUUGAGCGACAGCCUGUCCAAUCCUCGAUUAUUGGUGGCAAGGCAUGAGAGUACUGCCUAGUAAAAACUCAUUCCAUAACAAGAAGAUCACCGAACAGCAACAUGAUACAACUGCCAGCCGGUCAUUUUGCUUUUUACGGUAUGAAGAUCUAUCUCUUGCGAGGCAGUAAAGCCUCACCUAGGUCGCCACUGCCUCAUCGGAAUAUGCUAGACAUCUUAGCCGAGCUGCGAGACUUCUUCUAAGUUCCAAAGCAGUAGAUCACGCUGCGGGACAUCAAUACCCUUCGACAUCAGCAACUAUACCCGACCAUCCAUUGAUAUUAACAUUCCCAAAAAAAGCGUAUAUUCUUCUAACCCCCACAUCACGGGAACUCCUCAACACGGACAUUGACGAAGAGGUUUCGAAACAGUCAGAUUACUCUGACUUGCUCUGUCUAUCCUCAUAAUGAGCCAGCAACUUACAAUUUUCCAUAUAUUUGGGAACCUCCCAAAUGAGCUUCAGGACAAAAUAUGGGUAGACUCUGCCGAAUAUCCCCGCUUUCUCGAGAUAGCCAUCCUGAACAACCGCUCCGAACUAGUCAAUAGCAACACAUUGGAUGAUGAAGGCUUAGUAUACUUCAAAAAUCCUUUCGGCUUUGAUGCUCAACUGCCAGGAGGCUUGAUGGUCACGAAGAAAUCUCGAAACGCAAUUCUGCCCUUGUACUCGGUUCUCGACCUGGGAACAUGGCGCGUCAACCGGAAAUGCCAAACCGAAUAUACCUGGAUGGAUGUGGCACCGCCACAGUAUUCUGAGCUUCUUGACAAGACGCGGGUGAUGUUCAACCCUGAUUGGGAUACCGUGGUGCUUCAGGUUGGGCAUGUACUCUUCAAGCACGGCGUGCUCCAGUGGAAGAUCCCUAGGCAACUACAACGGAUGGCUAUCACCAGAGACAAACAGAAGUCCUAUGUGCAGCACUUGAUCACAACCUUUUUCCCGUGGGAUGAAAAUGAGCGGCUUCCCAGAAAUCCUGGUGAUAUGGUGGAAGCUUUCCCUGGACUUUCAACUUUGUCUGUCAUCGGGCACCGGAAUAGUGAUUGUUGUGGCUACUGCCCACCUCCACGGCCAAAACUCAACGUGCAAGAAAAGGUUAAAAAUAAGGUCAUCAAAGUACUCGAGCGGACUAUGAAACAUAAAAGGCGAGACCCUAAGUCGAUACCGGACGUUCGUACGUACUCGUUGAAUCAUAGAUUUCUUGCAAACUACGAUCCUCAGCGACCGUGGUACGCUUUUAUUGCGCCCAGAACCGUGUUUAGAGACGCGCAAGGAUUCUAUCUUCCCUCAAUUGCUGAUCCCGAUUGGCGUUCUGAGGGACUGAAAGAACCGGAUCAUGGAAGCAGAAGCGAAGACUCCGAGACAGGGUUAGAGAUGGACUCUGAGGAAGCGGUCGUGGUGUGAGUGCUAGUAAAAGAAGAGGAUUCGAGGAGGACAGAAGAAAUCGAAGAUAUCGAAGGCGUUCACUGAGAAAGAGGCUCUUGAGUCAUAAGUUCCACACUACAGGAAUGACAAAGAAAGCUUCUGCCCCGUGCUACCCCCUGCGGGUUUGGGCUUACAUACUGUAAAUAAUAUUCAUAGCUCAUCCCUUGGAAUGUCACG